AUGGGAGCAGUUAAUCUAUUGCUUAGAUAUGCUCCUUCGAGAACUAAAGUCAUUGUAAAGGUUGUGAAAAAUAUACCGAUUGCUGCGGGUUUGGGCAGUGGUUUCUCAGAUGCUGGAGCUGUGGUACGCAUACUAGGUAAGCUGUGGAAGGUUGAUAGGACGAUUUUAAAUGAAAUAGCUUUAAGCGUUGGUGCUGAUGUUCCUGCAAGUGUAGAUAGCAAGCCAGUUUUUGUUAGAGGUAUUGGUGAAGAGUUGUGUCCCAUAAAAAAAUUCUCUCUACCUACAAAUAUAGUACUGGUGAAGCCGAAAAAAAAGUUUUUGAGCACACUAGAGGUAUUUUCCAAAUAUGAAGGAGAAUUUUCUGAGCUAAUUAAAUGGAGCGAUGACGCCGAAAAGGAUUUGUUGAAGCUUCUUAAGGAGAAGACAAACGAUCUUCAAGAGAUAGCAGUAAGUCUUGUACCUGAAAUUCAGGAUGUGAUAUCAACACUUGAGUUACAAGAAGGCUCUAUACUUUCUCGCACGUCAGGCAGUGGUGUAUCAUGCUUUGGAAUAUUCGAUAGUGAGGAAAAUGCAAAAGCUGCUGCAGAAUAG